AUGGACAAAUAUCUGUCCCCUUAUCCUCAGAAAGUCCCAGACUCCAGACAGACAUCUUUCACAGAGGACCUUAGUUCCCCAUACAGCAUCAACAUGAGCCUUCUCUUCCCUGACGUCACUUACCUGAGCCCGGGCAUAUGUCGGCCUAUGAGACCCAUCAAGACAGAGUCUCUCUCCCACUCCCUCAUGCACCCCAGUUGCCACGGCAACCUUGUUCCAACAACACUUCCAGAACACCCUGGGCUUUUUGGUGCUUCAACAGACACCGGAAGUAGCAUGUUCAUCAAACAGGAAAUGCACACCCUGGACUUCCCAGAUGUUCCGUUGUUCCAGCUAUUGAACUCUGAGCUAGAGCAGCUGGUGCCUAGCCAUCCAGUGAACUCAGACCUCCACAGCGGGGUCCCCGUGUCCUCCAUGUCGUUCCCUUUCAGCAACGUCCACUUAUCAUCCCCCCAAAGUGCUGUCAAAUCUAUGGGAUGCCCACAAAAUGGUGGCUAUACUCUGCAAACCCAGUUCGCAAGCCAUUCGCAGCAGCGACCAGCCUAUCUUCCUCUGUCCCCGCCCAACUCCAAGCCAGGGAGCCCGGACAGAGGGAAAGAGCUGAUCCAGAAUCUGUUUCUGCCUCCAUUUUAUGCAGCAAGGAUUGCCUCGAAUCUGAGUCCUGAUCUUGUGCCAGUCCAAAACUCAGGACUUGUUCAGACGUUGGCCCAGACAAGUCCAGGGAGGUGUAACCGUAGGAAUAACCCUGAGCUGGAGAGAAGGAGGAUACAUCACUGUGAUGUUCCAGCAUGUAAGAAAGUCUACACCAAGUCCUCCCAUUUAAAGGCCCAUUUGCGGACACAUACGGGAGAGAAGCCAUACCAAUGCUCCUGGGAGGGGUGCGAGUGGUGCUUCGCUCGUUCCGACGAGCUGACUCGCCACUUCAGGAAACACACAGGGGCCAAGCCCUUCCAGUGUGGUGUGUGUAACCGCUGUUUCUCCCGGUCUGACCACCUGGCUCUACACACGAAGAGGCACCAGAGAUAG